GGAUCAACCUCACGGUUGAAAUUUUGCGAAGAAUUGGAUUCUUACCAGUCCUACGAACUUCACAAGGCCUUACAGAAAUAUAAACAAUCGAUCACAAGGUAUAACAAUGAGGAAUGGAACACGGUUGAGAGUACAAUCCCCAAAUUUAUCGGCCAACUCGAACAAUGGAAGAUCGGUUCUUUU